UUUUAAAACCACGCCCGGUAAACUUGGUCAGCUUCGACUCUUUUGUUUACAGCAUCAUGCCUAAUGGAAGAAGUCCACUGACUUUAGAUGAUUAUGGUCACUGUCUCGAUUGGACAUUAAAUGGGUCUAUCAACUCUCUGGCUUUUCAUUUCAUAGCCACCAUCUGCCCUAAUGAGACUGAAAAUGCAUCUUCAAAAAAUUUAGAGGCCUCUAUUGAAGCUCCUGCUACUUUCUUUGUACAGAUAUUUCGUCUUGGAUUAUCUGUAACGUUUAUAGUCAUUAUUCUGGCACUAUAUAACAGUAUUGAUGUUUUGGGUCGUACUAUAUUCAGUGUUGCUUCCUGUUCACUUCACUGGGUCAUUUUUUUCAUUCUAAUAUUAAUAAAGAGUUUAUCCUUAAUUGUCUUUGUUCCUGUCCUAACAAGUCUUGCAACCAAUAAUAAUAAUACUGAUGCUUAUAAUUAUGAAACUUUCAGGCAUAUUAUUCAUAAUCAAAAAACCUGGAAUAUGGUCGGAUUCAUUUUUAUCACUUUUAUACAGACACUAACUGUCUUUGCAUUAUUCUGUUCACUGGAACACGAGUUUAAAUUCAGGACACAUGAGCAGGCAUCAGUUGAGGCUCCGCUGAAUGCAAGAUGUCAAUUUCUAAAGAGAUGGAGAUUAUAUGUAUCAAUACCAAAGUCAGUAAUGAUAAUAUGUGGAAUAAUCUCACUCUUCCUGCUGAUGUCCAUAGAAAUUGUUUUCCAUUACUCUGAAAACAAUUAUUGUCAUGAUGGUGAAACCUUGGGUGGAACAGCAGUAGCUACAGUAGGAAAGGCACCAAAAUCUCUGAUAGGAGUCUGGCUAGCUUCUGUAUUGUUACUGAGGGUUGGUGUACUUGUUAUUGGCAUUGGGUUGCUGUUCAUACGUCAUGAGUCACUCAGAUUGACCAUUCCUGCUAAAUUCUAUUUAGUCUUUGGACUACUAUUAUCGAUUGGUGAAGAUAUACCAAACUCAAUAUUAACAUUAUCCCGCUAUCAUUAUGAAGAGGGACACACUUUAGAUACUUGCUUUGGUUAUAUAACUGCGUAUGAUGUGGUGCAAAUAACGGGAGGAAUCUCUCUGAUAUUCUUCCUUUUGUUUGUCAGAAGUCAGUAUCUUCGUGUUGAACAGGAGAGUAAGCUUUCAUUAGUCUGGGACAUGCAGAGGCUGCUUCAAGUAAACGGAAGAAGAGACGUCCGCAAUCAUUGAGAACAUUAUAUUAUAAAAUUAAUAUUAUUAAUGCAAAAAAUAUUAUUAAUGCAAAAUGAAUGUGAUGUUGUGUAACGUUGCUGUUAUUAUUAUUGUUGUUAUUAUUAUUAUUAUUAACUUGCAAAUGAUUGUUGAAAUGACACAUUUAUUCAUUUUUGUAAUCAUUUUAUCAUGCACUUUUCAACUUUACAAAAAAUAAAUUAAAAUUAAUUUUGAAAUGAGACAGGAAGUGAAAUAAAACCGGAAGCGAGGUCAAACCGGAAGUGACGUAACGCACUGAAACCGGAAGUGACAUGCUAAUUACAGUUAAUUUUAAAAUUAAAAAAUAAUUUUUGAACACAAGCAGAACAGUUGACAAAAAGGGCACUAAGCGGACAAAAAUGAAAUAAAAUAUACAAAUCAAGGUGUGUAUUGAAAUAGGUGAGUUUUUGUACAAAAAUAAAAGUAAACAAUAAUAAUAAUAAUAAUAAUAAUAAUACACUUGGCAAAAAAGAAGA